AUGUAACAAUAAUUAUUAAAGCCUUAAUCUAAAGAACAUGCCCUACAAAUAUUACAGCAGGGAUUCCAAAUGUAUUAACAAUAAGGACAUAUGAGUUUCAACGAGAAUGCUAAUGUGAUUUAAUAACCAGAAAGAAUGAGUUUCAAUGAUUCAAAGAUGAAAUCUCAUCCAAAAGUUCAUAAUAUUUUCGAUAGUCAAAGGAGAAUAAAAAACAAUUAACAUCAAAUCGAGCAGAGUAUAGUUGGAAAUAGAUUUGAAAUUCCUGUUUUGCCAUCAGGUAAAUAUCUCAAAUUUAAUGUUCUAUCAAAUUGGGGAGAUAAAUAACAAGUUGGUCUAAAUGGAAUUGAAGUCUUUGACUCACAAGGAGGCAAUAUCACUAGAUAUAUUAAAAUGCCUAUGCAAGAUGAAUACAUAGAGAAAUUGAAAUUGAUUGACGGUUACUAAGCUGUUAAAGAUGAUAAACAUAUUUGGAAAACAAAGAAUUUAAAACCAGAAAUCAUUAUUGAUUUGACUGCAAACAUCAAAAUAUCUUUGAUAAGAAUUUGGAAUUACAAUAAGUCAAGGAUAAGAUCUUAUAAAGGUGUUAGAUUAUUAAAGAUAACAUUAGAUGAGAGAUUAAUAUUUUAUGGAGACAUCCAGAAAGCAACAGGAGAUCUAAAAAAGUUCUAAGAUAAUUGUGAAUACAUAUUAUUUACAUAGGACAAUAAAAUAAUUAAUAGAAUAGCUGAAUUAGAUUGGCUGAACAAAAGAGCUGAAGAUUAUUCUAUCUAGAUUCUAUAAUAGACUAUGAGUAUGUAAUAAAUUAGACCGAACACUGGUACUAAAUUAUAGUCAUAGAAUACAAGAUAGUAAUAAAAUGAAUAAUCUCCUUCAUCAAAAUUAUAUUCAUCCAGACUAUAUUAGCUAUAAAAUAAUGAUCAAUAGCAGUAAGCACUCUAGAUUUAAAGACAACAACAAUAAUAUAAGGAGUAAUAUAUUUAGAGGACUUCAAAUAAAUAAGAAAAGGUAUAAAUGCAAUAUCCAGAAUACCUUACUGUUUCUGAUAUCUUAUUGGAGUUUAAUAAUGGAUCAAAGAGAUUUCUAGGACUUAAUGGGCUAAUGUUGAUUGAUGACAGAAAUUAACAGAUUUAUUAAGAAGAUAUUUUGGAUUCUAAUUUAACUGAUUAUGACAUACAACGACUAUUCUAUUCUAAUAAUCCUACUCUAGUUGAUUCAUCAAAUAUGGUUUGGCUAAAACAAAAGAAAAUUUAUUUCAAAUUUAAACAAUUGACAAAAUUGUCUAUGAUUAAAUUUUACAAUUGCAAUCAAAUCAUAAGUGAAUCAACAUUUGCUGGACCAGAAAUAGUCAAAAUUACUUAUAAUGGGAGAUUCAAAAUAUUUAAUUUAAGACCUGCUCCAUGUGAAGAAAUUAAUUUUGUUUAAACAAUUACUCUGACUUAACCUAAUAAUAAUUCUUAUACUGGAAAUUUGGUGUCUAAUUAUGAAUUAUUUAACUAAAAUUACAUAAUAGCAUAUCCUCCUUGUGGGAUGCUAGUCACUAUUUAUUUGUUUAAUACUUGGGGAGAUAACAAUUAUAUCGGUUUAAAUGGAUUAGAGAUUUAUGAUCAUUAAGGUUCUGCCUUAUUAUCAAGAAAAAUAAUUCCUUAUACAAUUCACUCAGUUCCUCAAUUGGAAGAUGACCCAAGAGUAGUCUAGAAUUUAGUGAUUCCUCCUCAUGAUACCACUUGUUAACCUUAGAGAAGCUUCUUGGCUCCUUUCAUAAACACUCCAAUGGAGAAACUAAAAAAUAAAAAUGCCAUCAUAAUCUAAAAAGCAAGAGAUUUGGAGAGACAGGACAUCAAUAAGAUAUAUGUGUUGUUCGAUAAACUUACUUGUUUCAGUGGAAUAGAUUUUUAUAAUUAUACAAAGGAUUGGCAAAGAGGAGUAAAGCAAGUUCAUAUCUAUAUAAAUAAUAGAUUGAUAUAUCAAGGUAACAUUAAUCAAACAUUCCAAGAUAUUAAAAAGAAUAUAUUUAAUAAAACUACUAUAUUAUUUUCAGAUUCUAACUAAAUUAAGCAAUAGCUAAAUCCAUAUUUCUAUUAAUUCCCAGAAGAGUAGGUUUCUUUAAUUGAUGAAAACAGAUAAUUAACAUAAAGAGAAUAUCAACAACAUUUCCCAUAACAAUUGAUUAGACCUAAAACCAGUGUUAAAUGA